UAACAGUCUUAUUCAUAAAAAUCCUCUAAAAUAGGUUUAAAACACUCAUUAGUUAAAAUGCUCAUUAGUGCUAAUAAACCUUUUAUAAAAUUCUCUAUUCAUAAACGUUCAAUAUACCCAUUUUAACUAUCUUCUCACUAAAAGACAUUUUAGCGUUGUUAUGUUGUCGUUCUGAUGAAUCCAUAGAUAAAAAUGCCAAAACCAAUGGUCCACGGCCCAAAAAAAAAAGUUUUACGUCACUUAUGACAUAAUGACAAUGACAUUUGUUUGUUUAUCAUCAUUAUUGCUUGUGUUGUGUUUCGUGCAGCAGAGGUGCUUCGUGGUAUUUUUGCAGAGAAAAUUGUAUUGCCUAAUAGAAAUAAACAUGGAAAACGAAAAAAAUAAAAAGAAGAGACAAAGAAGCGAAAAUUGGCUGGAGGAAGAUAAGAAUAUAUUGAUGGAUUUAGUGAGGGAGCGUGUAUCCAUCAUCGAAAAUAAAAACACGGAUACUAAUACAAAUUCAAAAAAACUGGCAGCGUGGGCAGAUUUGUUAACCAGUUUCAAUAGUAUGUGCACAGGUGGCGUGCGCUCCCUUCCACAAUUAAAAUCUCAAUGGAGCAUUAUAAAAAUGACCAAGAAGAAAGCGAAAUCAGAGGAAAGGAAGAAACUUCUCCAGACUGGUGGCGGUCCACCCCCACCAACAAACCCGGCAAAUGCAGAUGAUAUAUGUUCAUGGCUCCCUAACGAGUUUGUCAUUGACAUAAAUGAAUUUGAUUCUGAUUGCAUAAAUCAGAUCAAUGUUGGAAAGACGUUGGAUAAAAAGGACAAUGUAGAAGAGAUAAAGAAAAAGGACAUAAUUGCUUCUCAUAGUAUAAUACAUAAAAUACCGGAUGAGAUCUCAGAUAUUGGCCCAGAGAGUGAAGUGAUAGAUGUGGCUCAAGAACCACUUCAUGAGAUACAAAAUACACCCAAGUUUAUAUCCAUUGGUUCGCCAAAAAUAAAAGCAACGCCUUCUAGGAUGAAAUCUAAUAAACAAGAAAAGGUGAACAAGGUGUCAACAGCAGCAGCAACUGUAGUUGCGGUAGAUACUGAAUGCAGGAAGCAACUGCAUGAAGUCGUAUUGGCAAACGAACAAAGAAAAACCCGAAACUUGGACUUGGAAGAAUCUUUAUUACAGCUGAAAAUGGAAUAUUAUAGAAAAAAAAUUAAGUUGCUUGAAAAUAAAGAAGACAGUAAAGAAUAAAUAAAAACUUUAACUAGAUAA